AUGUAUUUGCUUGAUCAAACACCUCAUCGAAAACCUGAAUUUGUACAUGAAACCGAAAACAUCACAGCCUGUCCUUCCAUUAAAGUUCCCUAUCCUCCUCCGAUCUCAGCUAGGGAACUAAUCUUUCAAAAAAAAAAUGGGGAGGUUCCUGCUCGUGCACCUAAUGCAUUCCUGAUCUACCGACGAGUGUACGUUAAACAAUUACAAGCACAGAAUUACGCCUUUAAAAUGACCGAUGUUUCUUCUAUGGCAUCAUCAUCUUGGAAAUCGGAACCAGAUUGGGUAAAAGAUGAGUACUUGAGGAUUGCUGGGGAAGCUAAGAACUUGCUCACAACUAUCCGCCAAAAAUCGUUAACAUUUUCUCGUCGUAAAUCGCGACUACAACAAAAUGGCUUCAACAAUUUUGCAUAUCCUCAAAAAGUACUUUCGACUUCGCAAAAUGAACAAGUAUCUUUGGGAAAAUCUCAACCUUAUGAUGCUCAAGCUUCUACUGUCCAAACUACUGAUCAUUUCAUGUCAAUGGACGAAUAUCCCAUCCAACCUGCAACAUUCGAUUUUAUUGAAUUCGAUACUUGGCUCGCUAAUAUUCAUAUCUCAUAUUGGAAUUGGAAUAACAAUCCCAUACCUGGCUCAAAUCCUACUUAUGAUGUUGAUUCCUCCCCUUUUACCGAUAAUAAAGGAGCUGAAGAAGAGAUCGGUCUAUCAUAUACUACUAAUAUUUGCACACCACCAUUCAUGAACCUUACGCCUUCUGAAAUGACAGUCAAUCAUACCAUUUUCCCCUUUCGGCAAUGA